UCAUAAUUAAGUCAGCUGUUCGGUUUCAUUCGUUUAAUAAUUUUUAUUCAUUUAUACCAAUAAAAAUGAGUCAUUGGUCACAAAAUUUGUUAAAAUCAAUGCAAGACCCUCAAGCAAUUUUGAUUAAGAGUGAAUUACUAACUGUGAUCCAGGACAAGUACCCUAAAGCUAAACAUCAUUAUCUCAUUCUUCCACAUCAAAACAUUGAAAGUAUUUUUCAGUUGAAAAGGUGCCACUUGUCUUUGCUAGACGAGAUGGAAUUAAUGGCUAAGAAUACUGUAGAAAUAAUUGGAGGAAAACUCAGUGACUUCAAGAUAGGUUAUCAUGCUCAACCGAGUAUGAAGAGACUGCAUCUCCAUACCAUUUCUAAUGACUUUAUCUCAUCCAGCCUGAAAACGAAGAAACACUGGAACAGCUUCAACACAGACUUGUUCAUCCCAGCGAGAAAAUUGUACGAUAUGCUUGAGAAUCAGGGAAAAAUCGAGAGAUAUCCAGCGCAUGUAGUUAAUACUCUGCUUUCCCAGGAUUUACAAUGCAACAAAUGUUCUUACAUAGCAGAGAAUAUGCCAAAUCUUAAACAACAUCUUUUAUUGCAUGAUAAAUAAUACAAAAUAUGCAAUAUUUAUGUACAAAAUCUUAGUCGAAUUUUCGACCAAUUAACUUUUCACUUUCACUCCAGAGUUUGAGAGAAUCUUCAUCUCUGAUCCGUGCCUUGGACUUGGUUUGUUUUAGGUUCACGAUCAAAUAAUUUGUUCCGGGAUUUUUUUCGUCAGUGUUGACAUCAUCUGUGGCGCAGUGAAUUAUAUUUUGAGCUCCCUGACGAGCAGAUCUCAAAUACCACCAGGCAAUUGGUGAAAAAAGGAUAUAGUGGUACCACUUUGGAUUGUAGUCUCUGAAAAAAUCAGUAUGACACAGUCCUGGACAGAGAACAUGAGCAUCAUAGCCUUUGCGAUACAACUCUUUAGCGAAGUAAAAAUUGGCUAACUUUGAGUUAUUAUAAUGCCGAUUAGUUCUCUCCCUAUUAGGAGGAGUCACCCAUUUUCCCAAAUUCUCGAAGUCUAGAAAUGCCUUUUCAUGCAUUUUCGACGAUACUACAACAAUCCUUGAAUUGUUUUGUUUGAUCACAUCACUAAGGAGACUCGUGAGCAGAAAGUGACCCAAAUGAUUCACCCCAAAAUGCAACUCAAAAUUUUCCUUUGUGUACUGUUCAGUUUUAAUAGCUAAUCCAGCAUUAUUGAUCAGGCAAUCAAAAUGAGGAUGUUCCAUCUUCAGUUUUGCAGCAAAAGCUCUAACAGAGUCAAAGGAUGCCAGAUCCAGUUCCA